AAAAGAACAAUCAUUCCCCGUUUUAGUGGAUUUUCUCUAACACUCAUAUUAUCUUCUUCCUCUCUUCCCCAGACUUCCCAUACGUACACCACUACUACUUCUAUCAUAUCUUAUCUAAAGGGUCUAAUUGUCUAAUAAUUACUCUAUGAUACGCCAAUAGGAUUCCUAUCCCUUAAUUUCCUCAUUUUAAUAAUCGGAAACCGCGAUGCCGCGCACUUAUUCCACAAGGCAGGCAGCCCGAGGCCUGCAACAGCAGCAGCAACCGGGCAUCCAGAGCUUCGCAAGAGCGACUAAGCCUGGUGUUGUAGCUCCUUCCUCCUUAUCGGAUAUCAAGAAGCCCGCUACGACAACGACGACGAAUGUCCCGGUCACGCCUUCCAAGAAACGCAAACUGGUCGAGCUCGAAAACGUCGACUGCCGGGGCCCUCAAGGAGUGGAAAGCACGGAUGCAGUCACACCUUCCAAGUCUCUUCGAUUGGGAGAAUUGACCUUGAAUACGCCUAGAAGCGGACAUUAUGCACGGUCUUCGGUGUCAGUGAGGAGGAGCGGCUCGGCUGCUACUGCUGUUCCUGAGCAGCCGCCGAGUACCCCCUCGAAACGCACAGGUGCUAGGAAGACAACCACAAAGCCAGCUCCUGUGAAUCGUCGUGCAGCAUGUGUGGAGGAUCUCGUAAACCUGCAUGGAGCGUUCCUGAAGGCUGUUGCGCUUCAUGCUAUGCACAAUGGUGUUACUGCCCCUGCCGACCUGAGAGAACUGCUCCCUACCAUUGAACGACUCUGGAAGAAGCGGAAGGUGGUAAUUAAGGAUCUGCAACGACUCAUUUGGGUUCUGGACCAGGAGCCAUCAUCGACAGCCUUUCCCGGGUAUCGAAUUGCGAACUAUGGACUGGGAAGGGUGUGUUUGGAGCGAAUUGUACGGGAGGGCGAGGAGCGGACGAGCGAGAGUGAAUUGCAAGAGCGGUUUGAGCAGAGCGUGGAUUUGCUUUGGGAGAAGGCAUUGGAUGCGGUGGACGGAGACGAAUCAAGGGUGGACUUCGUCAACACGCUGGGCGUUGCGACGAUCCAAGAGUCGUUGACACCGUUCACCACGUUCCGGAAGGGACAGCAACGGUUGCAGGACUUGAGGGGCGGGGUGAUUCGACUGAAGACGGAAAAGUUACGUGCGGAUGGGAAGGACGAUGUGCCAGAGAAACCGAUCGAUGCGGCAAGUACGCGCCGGAAGGGACUACUGGAGCGCAUCAAGGAUAAGCAGCUGCGACAGGCGACGUUGCCGCCGCCGCCGUCGAAGCAGGAGCUGUUAAGGAGGGCAGCUGCGGAGCGCGUGGAGGAGGUUGCGGGGGUUUUGGCGCUGCUGAGACCUGCUGGGUAUGUCGGGACCGGAGCGAAGGCCGUGAUGGCUGCGCAGCGGACGCCGUUCCGGAUCGAGAUGAUUGCGCAGCACGUCCGGGAUUCUGUGCGGAGUCCGAUUUCCCAGCGGGAGGUGGAGAUUUGUUUGGAGAUUCUGGCCCGGGAGGAUGUUGCCGGGGGGUGGGUGAAUCUCGUCACGGUGAAUCAGAUGAAGUCUGUGGUUCUUAAGUCAUGUGCGGAUGUCCAGCCCAAGGAAAUUGGAGCCAAGGUGGCCCAGUUGAAGCUUGGGUGGGAAGGGUCUGAGGCGCAGAAGACUGUCGUCUCUGCUGCUUGAUAUGGUUACGUUGGAUACACCUGUGUCUUUCGUUUGGAUGGAUGUUCUGUUUGAUACCUCAUCCGGGUGGCCUGGUAUGCCUCCGGCAUUAUGAUUGCAUUGUCAGCGGUAUGUAGCAUUAGCAUAUGUAUGUAAUGAUAGUAUAAAAACAACUUAUAAGACUAUGA